AUGUUGAAGGUCCGCGCGGAUUUCAUGGGUUGCGCUGGGCACCCCUGGCGCGCUCCGCGCGCCAGGGAGGGGGUCAGCGCCGAUCCAAGAAAUCUGGGUGGACCGUCGAAAGUUUAUGUUUACGCCUGUCUUCUGUUCCAAGAAACCAGGCCCACAUCGUCGAGGCAGGAACUUGCUAAGAACGUAAACGUGCUCCAUGAUCCACCUCCACCUCGCGCUGUGAAAUCGCUUUGUCGCAGAAUUCCUCCGCCAGGCGAGUCGUGCGAGUACUACUCGAAGUCCACAGGGCGCUGGAUCAGGUGCGGGCUCGGGGCGAACCCCUCCGCUGGGGAGGACCCCGCAUUGGAGAUUGGCUUCUUCUUCCUUCCAUUUUCUCUUCACACCAUACGUCCUCGUUCAGAAGUUGACCAGGAAAACAUCGAAGACGUACCAAGCAGAACGCAGCACGACAACAGACAAGCCUCUUCCUCGGUCCUCCGGGGUCGGAGGCAAAACCUGGGCGCCAGGUGCAAGGUGCUCGCCAUCCGCGCCGACGGCGCCCUGCAGGUCAACGUGAAGGCCGGCUGCUGGCUGUCGCCGGGCACGGAGCAGUUCCAGAGGCUGCUGCGGAAGCCCCGCUGCCAGUCCAACCUACAUUGGGAGCACAGCGGCGCCGCUGCCCAGCGGAGCGCCCUGCCCCCAAAGGACGCGCCGCCCAGCGCUUCGCGCGAGGCUACAGCAGCCACCACGGCAGCUCUUGGUGCGGCCGCUGGAUCGCCCGCAGGGCUGGCGAGCCAGAGGAGGCCCCCCGAGGCGGCCCGCGUGGGCGCGGGGCCGGACGGCGCCGCGCACGGUGCGCCUCGCUCCCGCGGCGUGGCGCCGUGA